CUGCAGCGCGCGAAACUUGUACGCGCGUCGUGUCAUAUUUCGAGUGUCGAACCGGGCCCCGUGCACCGUAUAAUUCCGUUGCGUGUUACUGGUGAAUCGAGGGGUACCACGAGUGACGUAGCUCCGUUAAUCGGUACGCGCUCGCGACAAUCGAGAUUUGAUAUUCGUCGGCGGCGAAAUGGAAAGAUAAAAGGGUAUUCCAAGUGUCGUUAGGUUAUGCGGUUUUUACUCCGGAUGGACGCGUCACCACGUGAUUUUUCCGGUUGUCAGCCACCGCGGCUUUGUUAGUGUGUGUUUCCGAUCAUCUGCGAAGUGUGACUCGAGCCGAGUCAGAGUAUCGUUCUGUCCCAUGUAUACAUGUAUAAUACGAUCAAGCACAAUGUUCGCGCGUUACGGUGAAACGUAGGGGGCGAGAUAAAUAAAGGGCAAGAAAAUUCGAACGGGAGUGGCGUGGUAGGCAGUUGGUAAAAAGGAAAAAAAGUUCCGCCGAGAGGAUCCGGGGUCCUCUCAGUGUGUGCCGCGGGCUCGUAGCGUCUCCGUCUUUCCCGACGGUGCGGUAGAGAAGGAGAACGAAGAGGAGUCGAGAGUUAGUCGCUGUAGCAGACCACGAUUGACGGAUACCAGCGUCCGCGGCGGUUCCCAACGAAAACGGGGGCUACCUUGUAAGGUGGGUAAGCAUCGCUGUGUCCGCCGAAUCUCUUUCGCCGUGUCCACGAAGCGGUUGUCCAGCCUUCUCGGAGCUCACGUCCUAAGGGUUAUCGAGAGCAGCGUUUUUAAGGUCCCUGCGUGAGCACGAACGGAUCGGCGCGUACUCGAGGAACGACGUGUUAUGAGGUUGCUAGUUAGGAUCCAUCCAGCCGGAAGCUAAAUGCAGUGUCACGCGUACCCGGUGAUCGCCGGCGCGAUUUGCAACGGGGAAUCUUCGAGUCAGCGACCAGGAGGGAUUCAUUGAUGCGCCACCGACGAUCGAUCCGCGACGGAAGUGACGUGCCACCGAGGACAAAGAGGAGGAGGACGACGACGACGACGCGCCGCCGAGGAAAUCUCGCUGGACAACAUUCCCUCGGCAAAGUGACGCUCAAGGCGGUCACCGAUUUUUCGCUCCUGUCUAAGUUAAGGAAAUCCUCGGGAUGGAGCUAAGAACAGCGAAACUGUUGCUCUACUCGACGCUGAUGGUUGUGGUCUGCUGGAGCCAGCAGGAUUGGACAGCGCAAUGCUCGCCGUCGUGCAAGUGCAGAUGGGUGUCCGGCAAGAAGACCGCCGAAUGCAUCAACCAGAACCUGACGCAGAUCCCGGAAGGCCUAUCGCCCGAGGUCCAGAACUUCGAUCUGACCGGGAACCAGAUCACGCACCUGAUGUACAACUCCUUCAGCCGCGUCUAUCUAGUGAACCUGCACAAGCUGGUGCUGCGGAAGUGCGACAUCGAGUCGAUCCACACGGACGCGUUCAACGGCUUGAAGAUCGUUAUCGAGAUCGACCUGUCCGCGAAUCACAUAAAAACCCUGUACCCGGGCACGUUCAACGAGACUCAGAGGCUGAGGGUGUUGCUGUUGAACGACAACAAGUUGAAAGUACUGGAGAAGGAUCUGUUCCGAGACCUGCACUACCUGCAGAAGGUGAUACUGUCGAACAACGAGUUGGAGCGUAUCGACGAGAAGACUUUUCGCAAUCUGCCGGGGCUGCAGUUAGUUACCUUGAACGGGAACAAUCUGAGGACGCUGAAGGUGCAGAGCUUCGAGUUCCUGCCGAAGCUAGGCAGCCUCGAGCUCCAGAAUAAUCCGUGGGAUUGCAACUGCCAUCUCAAGAAAUUCCGUGAUUGGACGAUCGAGCGGAAGCUGUACACGAAACCUACCACGUGCCAGUACCCGGCUACCCUAGCCGACAAGAUGUGGGACGAGAUCAGCAGCGACGAGUUCGCCUGCAGGCCGGAGAUCUUCACGAUCGGGCCGUCCGUGAAGACCGAGGUCGGCAAGGGGAACGUUACCUUCUGGUGCCGGGCAUCCGGGAUUCCGCGACCUCAGCUGUUCUGGCUGUAUCGGUCCCGAAUUCUGAACAACCAGACGAGGCGGCCUAACGGUGAGAAAAGCUACAUCCUGAAGUCGAGCCACGACUGGUUGAACCUCACGAUUCCGGACGUCACGCUUUCCGACAAGGGUGAUUACGUCUGUGUGGCGAAAAGUCCUGGCGGAAAUACCGAGAAAAACGUGACCCUGGCUAUCGCAGGAGACGCUAUAGGCGGCAAGGACAAUAUAAUCAGUCUGCCGCUGGCCUUGGCAUUGGGUGUGUCGGCGUUGGUACUUCUAAUUGUCACUGUGUCCCUUUGCGUGUGUUACUGUCGGCGCCGUAGGACGAGGCACGACGAGAAGAGCCUGGAGGCCGCCUCGAUAGAGCACCACGGCCUCGGCGAGCAGGAGAAGUCCUUGAUCACGACCAUAAAUCCCGUGGUGAAGCCGCCCAGACGGUACGAGGCGCCGUCCGUGACGUCGCACGGCACCGAGAUGACGGAGCUGAACCGUACAUUGCUCGACAACGACUCGGUCUUUGCUGAUGGUAUCGGUAGCGGUGUCGGCGGCGGAGUGAUCGGAGGGGUCGGCGACGACGAGAGGGAGGAACGAGCUACCCCCGAGCUCGAGAGCGGUACCGGUACCCUGUGCCGUGGAGGAGGUGGUAGCUACCGCCAGUAUCCGCCGGACCUACUGGCCUUCUCCGGAGGUCGCGGCGCCUCGCCGACCAGCCAAGCAUCCACAGCACCUGACAACACUCGUCUUCCGAGUCAGCACGCGACACCCACCACGGCCGCGUUCGGCUCGCCCUCGAACCAAUACCCAGCCGCGUUCAAGACCCUGCCCCACAAUCGUAGCGUCACGCCGUACGGUAUCGCGAGCUCGACGAUCGCGCCGGUGAUGCCACGGCACGGCUACGUGACGAUACCACGGCGACCGAGAGCGCCUAGCUGGAGCAGCGGACCACCGAUGUCGCCGACGGACGGCCUGGAACCGGUCUACGAUAACCUAGGGCUGCGCACCACCGCGGACGGAAGCUCCGUGCUCUCUCUGAACAAAAGUCCCGAGCCAUUGUCCUCCAUGAGGAAUAGACCCCUGCCGGGGACGCCUAGCUCGCACUAUGGCACGAUACAACGAAGCACCCCGAACAUACUAACCAGCAGCCCGCUGGACAGAGCCGCCCCCGAGGGCGCAGCCGAAUGGCCAGCUAAACUAGCCGACGAGUCCACGGACAGCAACAACGUUCUAGCCCAACAACAAUCGGGCAGCAGCAACACACUCGGCAGAAAAGUCCCGCCCAGGCCACCGCCCAAGCCCAAGAAGAAGUCCACGAAUGGACCCCUGUACGAGGACGAAGGAGAAGAUGGCACCGAGGUAUGAUCAGCGUACAUGGGUCGGCGAAGCUGAGGCCGCGAGGUCGUGGCCGUGCUGAGGAGGAGAGACGCAUGACCGCAGUCACAAUAAAUCGGUAGUGCCUUUGAAGACGAGACGACCAGCGCGGCGACACGACGCGAAACUACGCGGCGCGACGCGACGCGACGCGCGGGUCGAUACUUGGUUCGAGCGCGUAACUUCGCCCGGCGAAUGUGCUGACGGACGAUCGUACGGCGGGCUUCCACAUCCGGUGAAACAGGUCGUCGGGCGAACCGCUGACUCGCAAGGAACCAGCAGAACUUUUCGGCACGCGACGCCUUCGCCGGUCGUUCUUUCCUCGUCCCUGUUUUUCUCUUUUUCUCUUUGAUCUCUUUCUAUCUCUCCGUGUUUCUCUGUUCUCCUGCGUUUUCUAAUUUAUUUAUGUUCUGUGCCGAGACUCACCGCGGACGACAUACACAGUGAUUCGACUUUCACAAACCGAAACUUCUAGUGGUGGACUCUGGUAGAGCACGGUCUGUCGGUUGACUUCUCGUGACACUCGACAAUGAAGAUGGUGGAUUAUGGGACAGCUCGAUGUCCGUUCCAUUCGCGCAUCGAUCUUUUAAUGAACGGAGACGCUGGUGUUAUGGGUGAACGGGUACCAUUCGUCUUAUUUAUUGUCGCGCUGACUGUUUGCCUAACGGAGAACACGCGUUGAACGACGAUCACGUUUUGUACACGAUCUUCUUGUAAAGCGGCGGUGCCAAUGACGGAGACGCCAACGACGAGAACGAAAAACUGGCCCAAUUUGUAACGAUGAGGACGCCAUUGUAUACGUAACUAGUAGAUACACUUUCGUAGCGAUUUUAACGCGUAACGCGAUCCAUGUGUAACGGACGAAUCGAAUUUAAACGACGUUGUAGCAGACUUCUCGGACACGUGGUUAUUUUUUAAUUGAAUUUACCUUUCAAUUCGAUCCUCAGUCCUAGGCAACGAGGUUACUUUUUAAUACCUUUUUCCGUACUUUCUCGGGUCAUGUUAUUAGACUAAUUGUACAACGACUAAUGGAACACCUUUGAUCGGGAAGGGGAAACACUUUGCGCCAGUGUGAUUCCGACUGAUCGAUACCAGCUCUCCGGCAGGAUCAUUUUUCAACUGCAGAGUUUAUUACACGUAAGCCACGAACUUGUUAUACUUUCGGUGCGUUUUAUCCGGAGCUUAACGUUGCAUUCCCACCUUUACCGGGGAUUUUCGGAUCGAUCGCGUGCAACUUGUUGCGAGCGGCGAAGAAUCCUUGCUCGGUAACGCUAUUCGAAUCCAGUCGACUAUACUCCAACAGGAUAUAUUCCAAAUUCUCUAUCCUUCUCCAAAUAUUUACACUUCGUCGAUUACCUUCCUAUCACCGAGUACAUCAAUUUUCAAAACGGUUAGGGGACGACAAACAAUUUCCACGGUACUUUCGACGUUGUAAACGCACGACAUAAGAUAGCCCAUUCACCGCGAUUAUUGGAUAAAAUGUACAAUUACGCGCAUCGAGUUUCGUGUUUUAUCGUUCCUCUAGGGUCGCCUAACAAUCAUCGAGUCCUCCGAUCGUUUUGAUCAGCUUCCUCGUAAAAUUUGACUUUUCGUAGAACUGUCCGCCAGUGAUCGCGAACACCGACCAUUAACACCGAUCAAACGAGUCGAUCGAACGACGACGAGGCACCUUCCCCGACGAUCGUAAACGCACCUAAACAGUAUUACGAACGAGACUCGUGUACGAUUACGCGGAGCCGUUGAGACGACGCGGAGAAAAUCGCGACGCAGUCGUGUAACUUCGGUCCCUUGGCCGUAUUUAACGCGUCAACGGGUUAAUCGCCGCCGCAGGGAAACAAACGACGAUGAUCUUUAGCGAGAGCACCGUCGAAGAACGAUGAAUCGGAUCCGCGAAACAGGUGCCAACCGGCAGCCUUCUCCUCUCAUUUCCGGUGGAAGUGGGGGAUCGGGAACGCUGCGACCACGAAGAAAAUUGGGGGAGUCCGGGGCCGAGGCUACACGUCCGUGCAGGAAUCGUCGCGAAUUAUUUUAAGCGGCCUAGCAGAGUCGCGGCUCGUCCGAUCCAAUCGUCGUGCCGCGCCCUGUAAAUACACGGACCCUAAUUGCACGCUGAUCCACGACGUUGUUUAUAUGUAAAUUGCGGCCACGUUGAAAGCAGCGCGGCACGACCGGUUGACACGGCGCCACGAGUAUAUUUUUGUAAUUUUGUAUUUUGACGGGUUCUCCGGCCACGUCCAGUCACACGGCGACCGCGGCCUGGGGAAGACGGCCUCGUGUCUCUACGUCCCCGCCCCGGGAUCAACGACACCGACGCCCGGGGAAUUAACCGGAUCCAGAUCGCGCGCGAUACGGCCAGUAAAAUAUAAUUGAACGGUCGUUAGAGCUGCACGGUACUUCUGGAUCCCCUAAACUCGGCUCCAUCGCGUUGAUUUCUCGAUCGCGGCGACGCUUACGGCGAGUACAUCUCCGCGUUGGUUUAUGCCGUGCUCCAAAUUGAGACUGGGGAAGCUUAGAGAUGAGUCUGGUAAUGAGAAUUUCGGUGCGCGUUUUAACGAGUGCCACGCGAAGAUUUUGCUCGUAAUGCGGGAGACCUUCAGCUUCGUCGUUUAGGUACCGCGAGAGACCUCAUAUCGGUUCUGAUUAUUUUAAGCCUGUCCCUUCCCAUCGAUGUGUUACGAUGUUUAAGCGAUCGGUGUUUCCGUUGCGAACCUUACGAUUUCUAUCCGCUUGAAACACAAGCUACUCGAGAUUCUGCGAAUCAACCUCGAAAUAAUGGCUCGCUACUCUGAAAUAUUUACCAUCCAGCUACUUUUCCCCUUCACCCGGAGCGUUACACGUUAGUCACCCUAAAUCAGAAUUCUCUCCAUUUACACUCCAGGGAGAGGAAGGGUAGAAUCUUUCUCCCUCGCGGGGCUCGUUUCGCGAGAACACGAGCCAACCCAUCCCUUCCGUUGCCUUCUCGCGUCACAUACUCCCACUUAAUGACGCCGGCGACAAGUAUACGUGGAAAUGGAACACGUACAAGCCCGCAAUUACUGCGGAUGUCAACCUCGCGGUGCUCUAUGCGCUAUUAGCCGGGCCCUGUUUACCGGGGUCCGCGCGCGACGAACGAGACUCGGCAGUCGGCGCAAUUAUUAUCGCGAAAUACUUUGCGCGACCGCGAAAGGGCAGGUUGUUGGUCGGGUGUAAUGAGAAUCCCUCUUUGACAGCUCGAACAGUCGUCGGACGCGAAGAUCGCGAGCGAUCGAUGCACGUGACCCGCGAUACACUUCGAACCGACUCCGUUUACCAUUUCACUUCUCUAAUGACUUGCGUAUCUACCCGACGGGUACAUAUCCGCUUGAAGUCGUUACGACGGAAGUCAAACGGGGAUCAGGGUUCACUGACGGGACCGGGGAGCGGCGAGGCGCGUGUAAUUGCAAAUGCCGCGUUCCUAUCGGACACGUUUCGCUCAGGAUUUUUAACCAGUUAACUGUGGAACUUGCUUCUCAAAGUCUCUCGGUGGAAUGUGUAAUGAAAUCAACCGGUGACGAGUAUAUACGUCGAACGUAGAACAGAUACACCUAGUUACACGUUGAAAUAAAAAGCUAAAGCGAAAUGAAAGAGAAUUACAUGUUUGUUUGGAGAAAUUAGUAUCACUUUGGGAUUUAAGGUAACAGGGAAUACUCUUCGAAUACGGUUAACUGGUUAACGAGACGCAUACUUUGCGCUUGGAUUUCUAAAUUUUACUUUUAUGAAUUUGAUCGGAGAAACGUCUUGUAUGCGUAUGAUGGGAUCACGAGGUUAAUCCGUGUCUGUUUUAAAUUCUUCCGACGAUUUUAUUUUAGUCAAAUUGGACGUCGUUGUGCUGUUCGUUUGAGAGAAAUUGUUCUAGACGGUUGAACUCGUACGUUACCUUCGGUUGAGAAAGCAGGGAAGUAUUACGUUUCUGCUCGCACAAGGCACGGCAAACAUGAAUUUUUUAAACGGAAGGGAAAUUGGAUCGCGAACCCCCAUGGGCGCAAUCGCAAAAUCGACGAUCACGCGAAGCAUGUUGACAGACGCGAAUGGCCGCGUAACUAGAGGCAGUUUGUAAAUAUUGAUUUUAACAAAAACUGGUUUCAACCAAUAGCGUAUAGUUCGAAGGGGAUUGGACGUAUGAACGGUGCAGGGUCGCCUGCGAGUUCGUUGGCGUGCAAGCUCUAAACAGCCCAUCAAAUCAAAUUCAAAUUUUACUGUGAACCCUGUAAAGAAAUUCAGGUGUAACGAUUGCAGUCGAUCGUUCCAUUUGCAUCCUCGAUUACGCUGUCAAAAGAAAUUCAUUCUGACGCGAAAUUUCUUACGAAAUCGAUCGCUUUAGGAGCGACGAUUCUAAUCGAUGUUGUCCCGCAAUCUCAAAAAUCUAUGAUGAUAUCAUGAUAUAAUUGUUUUUGCCGAGUUCGAUGACUCGAACCCUAUUCCGACCGACUGUCCUGGAGAACAUCCCCAGUCCUGACACUGAGAUAUUGGCGUGAAGUUCUUGACUGCAUCUGCGAGCGUGCAGAUGAAAGUACCGUCCAAUACACUGAUCCGACCACAGCCAUCUGGACGUAAUGUGCGCAUAAUUAAUCUAAUUCAACGUGAUAUACCACCGAGCACGACGUUUCUCGAAGAUACCGAUCAUCUUUCACGUCGUUUUAUUCAAAAAUUUCCUUCGACCGCAAUGUAGUACAUCCGUGGCAUAAUCGAUAACACCAUUCGACAGAGUCAUCGAUAUCUUCAACAUCGAAAAGAACGUUUCGGAUCACGUUGAACACAUUCCAAAAACUGACGGUAACAUCCCCCGAAUUCGUUCCGUUUCAAUGCAUUUUUGUAAAACAUUCUCAGCGGUACUAAUGUGCACUGCAGUGGCAGGGUUCCGUAAUUAAUUGACUAAUGCUCGGAGGUGGGAAUCAAAAUGGCGCCGAAUAUUUCGAGGCUCCUGAAUCCGAACUGGUUCGUGUAUUCGGGCGCCUUUAAUAAUUAAACAUUACAGCUGCAAGCAUGAAUUCUGUAAGCUUUGAUUUUCAAGGAUUAAUCGUGUGCUGCUAAGGAUGUUAUUAAUUUAAAUAGAUUUAAGUGCAUCGCGUGCAUUAGUUUGAACGUCGUUCCUUUGCGUACCGGAGCUCGUGUAGCAUUUCGUUACAGCAUUAAGUAGUAGCUGCUCUUCGAAGACUGACAUUUAUCGACAAAGAAACGAUAUGAAUUUCGUUUUUAUACGUAACUGGUCCGAAGGAAUUGCGUUGAUGACGAAAGGACGAAUUAACCGGGUAACUAUCCAGAAGCCGCGAACAAUUCUCGCGAACGGGAGAAUGUCCUAAUUGAUUCUGCGAAGUCGAUCGAGCGUCAUGUUGCGAAAACAAAACCCGUGAACGGUUUUGCGUACGACAAGUGCUGCAAAUGUAAAUCUGAUCAAACGCGUUAACUCUUUGUGAUUGGAACCGUUCGACGGUCGUAAAACCCAAUUUGUGAUGGGUCGCGCGUGGAGACGAAGUGAAUUAGUUGCUCAAGGCCGCUGAAGCAUCCUCCCCAUGAUACUGCUCAUUCUUCGCGUACAAGUAGACGCGGUGAAUAAUUAAAGUCCCCGAUUGGCCUAAGUGUUACAGUGAAAGAGUGGUACUGCGCGGUUCAUUGAAUUCCGGACAAUUAAUGCAAGACAGAAAUAAGUUCUACAUUAAAAUGAUUGAACAUCGAAGGAACGCAUUAACGAGAACUGAACUUUCAAAGUAUAUCUCGAGAAACUAAUAAUCGAUAUUAAAACCUAUUGAUUGUUUCAUUUCAAAGUCUGAACGGAUGUAUGCUUUUCUGUUUUAUAACUUAAUUAACCAGCGGAAUUGGUAGUUACAGUUUAUUUGCCCUGGAAAAGAAGGUACCAUUAUCGUUAUUCUGCGCUGUAAUUUGACAGGAUCACGCGACGUCCAAUCACAGAGGGUUGUACAGAGUGCCGAGACCCGAGUUUCUCGUAACAGCGACACGACGGUUCGUCCAUGCGAACGUUAGCCGAGACGUCGGAUGUAUGCAAGUGUGCUUUCUCGUGUGAUCGCUCGAGUCGUGUCCUAAUCGCCGUCGAAACUGCCUAAUUCAUUCCAUUGCCAGGUCUGUGAACGGAUACGGAAGGACUUUUCGCCACUUUCCGCGUGUAUACAUAGCGUAUGUGAAAUGGUGACGUGCAGAAACGCGAGACAUGUUCCUGACGAUGAGCCGUUAGGCGAAAACGGUGUAGGACACGUGUUUCUGUGGAUCAGGCCGCGUCCAGGUUUCUCUCGUACUUGAUGAAUGUGUGUAGACAUUACUCUGGGCUGAGUCAUGAAUAAGUGACGUUCCAUUACCAUAUUUUCGUAUCUCGUACAGCUCACCGUUGUACAGGAUAAGAACGCUUUCAAGUGUUUUUAUCGUAAUAGGGAUUAUUAUAAAUGUAAAGGAACUAUGUUUGCGUGUCACGAUAUAAACGUUAAGGGAACCUCUUUAGGGUAGGUAGCGUUCAGAACACUUUCUUUUAUUAGAUCCUAGAUGAACAUAGAAACGUUAAGGAUGGAAUUAAUCGACGUAACAUUUCGCGGAAACGUUGACCACGUCUGAUUUCUUUGAUACUUUUUAUUAUAUACGUAACGCCGUCGUCUUAUCAAUAAUCGUGUUAUCAUACUAUCAUUAUGAUUAUCGCUGUGGUUAAAACUAUUUAAUAUUCCUAUUAACGAUCCGAUUCAAUAACCGUUUACGUUUUUGCGCUGUUAUUCAUUAUCAUUGCGAUCGUUGUAGCCACGAUUAUUUUUGUACGAGAGUUUUUACCAUGUAACAACGCGGCAUGCCACGCGUUCAACCGAAUUUAGUUCCGUUUCGGUGUAACAUUCUCGGCCGACUAUAAUUUAUAAUGCCAUGUCAAUGUACUAUCACUGUAAAUAUUAUACAUAUUUUAUAAAUGAAAUAUCUAGCGUGACUGUAACAUUAAGAGAAUGUACUGAAAGCACCACUCUGUACACUCCACUACGAUGGUUAAAUUUUAAUAAAUAUUUC